ACCACCACCACCACCACCACCUCGUGAUGCUCCUGCUAAACGCCGCCGCAGACGUCAGGGUCGCAGGCCUCCUGCGGGGCACCUCGGCAUCCUGUAUACGCCUCCUGCACCCCCCCGCCGUGGGCAGGCUGCACCCCCGCGGGGGGCCCCUAGGUUUUUGCGCCCCCGCGGAGGGCCCCCCUUCCGUGAUCUCGAAUUAUGUUGAAUAUUCGAGUGAUUUACGGCGUCUUUUUUCAACCAAAGUUUUCUGUAAAAAAACAAUAAUGCAACUUCGCCCCCAUUGCCGCGGGUUGUUUACAACCCACCCGGGGUUGAGUGGAGUGAGUUCGCCUGGAGUGACCGACGAGGAAACUGACGUGACCGCCGAGACCGAAGGAUUCAAGAUGGCGUCGGACUCGAGCGCUGGAAACAAGAUGGCGUCAGUAUCGAACGUUGGAAACAAGAUGGCGUCGGACUCGAGCGCCGGAAACAAGAUGGAGGCGGAAUCGUGCGCUGGAAACAAGAUGGCGUCCGAAUCGAGCGCUGGAAACAAGAUGGCGUCGGAAUCGAGCGCUGGAAACAAGAUGGCGUCCGUUCAGGGAAAGGAGUCAGUGAAAACAAUACCACAAAAACCUGAUAUUCGAAUGGACAUUAACGAACAGCAAUCCAGCACACAAAUAACUGAAGAACGAAAAGAUAUGGCUAAACCCAUGAGUUUCAGACAUCGCUUGUCCCACUUGUACGUGGCGGGACACAUGGCUCGCAUCUUCUUCGCCCCCGUCACGCCUUUUUUGGACAUGGACGCUCGACUUGCGGCCCCUGAGGACCUGCUGCAGGAGCUGCAACUGCGACAGGUGUCAGAGGAGUUCGGGGGACUCGAAGGACUCCAGGAGCUGAAGGAUUCUUGGCAGGAGUUCAAGGAGCUGAAACAUGCGAUUGAGGAACUGGAGAAACAAGCGGAUGAAUUGACGGUAACAUCAAAUGAAAUGAAAGGCAAAGAAGAUGUAAAAGAUGAUGAAGUUAAAGUUAGGAUAUCACAGUUGCGGUCUAAAACAAAGAUACUUAAGGCGAGACUCAACGAGUUGGAAGUUACCGCCAUCCCCGCCAUGUUGGAUUUACCCAACACUGUAAACCUCCCCCCUGGGGAUGGGGGAGUCGUCGUGUCCCUGAACGAUCCCCCAAUCUUUGACUUCUCCCCCAAACCCCACACCCUCCUGCGCACCCAGUCCCCCAACUCGUUAGAGUUUCUGGACGUGAGUCCAGGAGCUUUCUACCUGUCUGGGGACUUAGCGGAGUGCGAGGUCUUGCUAGACCGGUACUGGACUGGGCUGCUGGACGCCGCUGGGUACCUGCGACAGUGCAACCCAGACUUCGCCAAGGAGGUUUUGGUUGAGGGUUGUGGCGGGGCGAGUAGCCUCAAGACCCAACUCAAGGAGGAGGAUAAAACCCCCGUGUACCUGGUGGGGGGCGCCUCCCUGCCCGCGUAUCUGGGGUACUUCGCUAGGAGGGCGGUUAAGAAAACCAGUAAAUUCCUGCCACAGAAACUUUACGCUUGUCAGAGGACUUAUACGCCCUUACGCGACCUGUGCCCUCCAGACAGAGGGCUCCACGCCCCCCACGAGGGGCUUUACGCCCCCCAGAUGAGAGGGGUAAUGUCGUCCAUGCAGAGCACCAGCGUGUCGCUACUGACAAUGUACACGAAUGAGUCCAAGUUCAAAGACCUCGUAAAGGACGAGGUUCUGGGUGUUGUAGUGCAGGCCUACCAGAAGUUAGGCCUACAUUUCCGUAUAGUUCGUCCUGAGCCGCGGGACCUCCGCGUGUAUGAGCGCGAUGCCCUUGUGGUGCAGAUGCUAAGCACCUCCUACCCUGAAGGCAGGAACACUGUCUACAUUGGGGAAAAUAAAAUGACUUAUAUUGAGGUAGGACGAAUAUCAAUAAUCGGCGACUACAUCAGCAAACGCCUGCUAAUGAUGUACGUCAAGGACGGAGCGCGCGCGAGCAGCACCUCCCCGCGCGACGGCCGGGCGGCCACUGGUGCGGUUGAGCGGCUGGGGUUCCUGCAGGCGGUGUACGCGCAGGCCAUGGACGUGACGCGCGUCCUGGCCGUCGCUGUGGAGAACCUGCAGGAUGCGCAGGGCGAGGCUAACCUGGGGAAAUUAAUCGAUAAAUUAUCAAGUUGAGUAAUUUAUCAAGUUGAGUUAUUUAUUCCACACUGUUCGAAAAAACUGU